GUUAUAAAGGAGGCGGACCUAACGCGACCCCCACAGUUGAGCUCCUUGGGGGGAUACAAUGCCGAGCGUUUCCCAACGCGCAAUUUGUAGCUUCUGAGUUCGAGCGACGGGGAGAACGUGCAUAAAUAUCUGCAAGUAAAUCUCCACAGAAACGCGGAGUUCGUGACGAAAAAAAACAACAACAAAAAAACAACUGGACCAGAGAUAAAAAAAAAAACAGCCGUCAGUGAGGGAGUUUGACUCAUCAGAGGGAUUAACCUGAACGCUCCUCAACCAGCGCCUUUGAUAUUCCCGAUAUCCAGUGACCUCGACGGGCCCAAGCCAGAAAGUUCUGGUUUCAACUUGGACGAUGGAGCCCUCUCAGUCAGAGAUGAACAUCUUAUCCAACGGAAAAAGCCUGGAGCUUGGACAGGACGUGAGCGUCCCCGUGAAGCUGCUGCCGGAGGAGGAUCAAAAUGGCUCCCAAGCAGUCAGGUACGAUGACCCGGACGCAGGGCUGGAGAGUGAGGGGUUUCUGCCCAGCGCCGACGGAAAGAAACCCGUCCGCUUCACGGACUUCGAAGGAAAGACCUCCUUUGGCAUGUCUGUCUUCAACCUUGGCAAUGCCAUCAUGGGCAGUGGGAUUCUGGGCCUGGCCUACGCCAUGGCCAACACUGGCAUUCUCCUCUUCCUGUUCCUGCUGACGGCGGUGGCAGCCCUGUCAUCCUACUCCAUCCAUCUGCUCCUCAAAGCCUCUGGCAUUGUGGGCAUCCGAGCCUAUGAACAGCUGGGGUACAGGGCGUUUGGCACUCCUGGAAAAAUGGCCGCUGGUAUCGCCAUCACCCUGCAGAAUAUUGGAGCCAUGUCCAGCUACCUGUACAUUGUUAAAUCGGAGUUGCCGCUGGUUAUUCAAGCAUUCCUGAAGGCAGAUCCCAACUCUGAUUUGUGGUACUUGAAUGGAAACUACCUGGUCAUCAUGGUGUCUGCCAGCGUCAUCCUGCCUCUGGCUUUAAUGAAGCAACUCGGCUACCUGGGCUACACCAGCGGCUUCUCCCUCAGCUGCAUGGUGUUCUUCCUCACUGCAGUGAUCUAUAAGAAGUUCCAGAUCCCCUGCCCGUUCGAGGAGUUCUCCGCCAACAGCACCGCAGCUCACCUGGGCGCGAACGCCUCCGGCCACGGCUCCAGCGCCGCCGCGGACCUCGAGGACGCCGCCGCCGCCCACUGCUUCCCGCGCAUGAUCACCAUGAACUGGCAGACGGCGUACACCAUUCCCAUCCUGGCGUUUGCCUUCGUCUGCCACCCGGAGGUGCUGCCCAUUUACACCGAGCUCCGCAACCCCACGAAAAGGAAGAUGCAGAAGGUGUCCAACAUCUCCAUCCUGGUCAUGUACUGCAUGUACUUCCUGGCGGCUCUCUUUGGCUACCUGACCUUCUACGACAACGUGGAGUCGGAGCUGCUGCACACCUACAACCGCAUCGACCCGUACGACACGCUGAUCCUGUGCGUGCGCGUGGCCGUGCUCACCGCCGUCACGCUCACCGUCCCCAUCGUGCUGUUCCCCGUGCGACGCGCCAUCCAGCACAUGCUGUUCGCCACCAAGUCCUUCAGCUGGCUGCGUCACGUCGCCAUCGCUCUCAUCCUGCUCACCUUCAUCAACAUGCUGGUGAUAUUCGCCCCCAACAUUCUGGGCAUCUUCGGCAUCAUCGGUGCGACAUCGGCUCCUUGUCUCAUUUUCAUCUUCCCUGCUGUCUUCUACAUGCGCAUAGUGCCCAAAACCGACGAACCCACGAAGUCCCUUCCUAAGAUACUGGCUGCCUGUUUUGCUGCUUUGGGCGUCUCCUUCAUGGUCAUGAGUCUGAGCUUCAUCAUCAUAGACUGGACAACAGGGGCCGGCCUCGCGGCAGGAGGCCACUAGGUGGUGCUGUUGUAGGGUGCGUGGGCCGCUCAGCAUAGCGUAGAGCUUACUACGGCUCUGCCCAGCACAGAGCCACGCUAUAAAGGUUGGAAACACACUUGGUGGACUGAGGUUAAUUAACUUUUACACUGUAACUUAUCAUAACAAGCUUCAGUGAUUUUUGCGUUAGUCACAUGAAUGUUCUAAAGCAAAGAGGAAGCCCAUGUCCUCUAUGGUGAUUUAUCCUGUUGCUUCCUCUUUGUCUCCACACGCAAAAUGCUGCAGCUGGUCCUGUACAGAAACACUAGCAUGGUUAGUGGGAUUAUAUUUUAGCCAACGGGAAAUACACCACAGAUGACCUGAUAUUACAUAUAUUUUUAUAUCAAAUUUUCCACAAGAGGCACAAAAUAGCGGAGGAGUCAGACGAUCUGAUCCCGAACCAGCAGCAUCACUGAGCUGCUGGAGAUUUGAGCAGAAGUGCUUUGAGGUCCGUCGGUCGACGGUGGUGCAGUCCAAGCUUUUGUUCCACACGCACACAUCAGAAAACUUGCUUCACAACCUCGGUGCCUUGUUGCAGUCGGAACAGCAUGCAAACGUAGAAAACCAGGAGUGUGUAUUUAUUUUGCUACUGUAUCUUGUGUUUUGAGUUUCAGAUGGAAGAUGUUUAACGUCAUGAUGAUGUUACGUAUGCCACUUUUUAGGAUGUGUAUGUAGGUGUUACAUGCUGACAACGCUUUACAUGUUAUUAAAAUGCAUAUGAGACCUACCUUUGAUGAACACGGACACACUGAAUAUAGACUGUGACCUGUAACAGAACCGUGUAGUUCAGAUUCAACCAGCUCACCUUUGUAAAAUCUCUUGAUUCUGUUAAUAUCAUUCUGUAUGAAUAGUAUUUGAACAGAUUAACCCAUGUAUUUAAAGGUUGCUAUGGAAACUGAAAUCAAAGGAAUCAUCCGACAUAUGGAUAAAUAUUGUUAAUUUGCUUUCUUGUAGAGUUAUAGCUAAGAACACUGGCACCACCCAUAAAUAUAUAUGUGUAUAAUUUACCUCCACAGACCAGACCUGAUUAGCUUGGCUUAGCUUAGCAUGAGGAAGCUCAUACAGUGGCAAACCUAUUAAUUCUGGACCGGGACCGGAGCCGGAGCGCUUCCAGCUGUUUCCAUUCUUUAUGCUAAGCUAGUGAAGCAGCUGCUAACGAUUCAUUCUCAUACACAUAUAAGAUGCUAUUAAACUGUGGUUCUUUUCUUUCUCUCGUUAUCUGUGACUUUGAACUAUGUCUGGCCAACCACCACGAGUUUGGGGCAGAGCCGAUCCAAUCUGUUUCAUUCAUUUGAACGUGUCUGACGCUUCGUGGCCGCUGUAGAUGUUUGUAGUAUUUUGAGCUGCAUAUUUAGACACAGGGUUAAUGUUUAGCAUGGUUUUCUGUCUGAUCUGUUCUGUGGCUGCUACAGUGAAAUGCACAGUAAACGCUUGAUGUUCAGUCAGUGGCAACACAUUAACUCUGGGCUUUAUAUGGGGAUGUGCAUGUGUAUUGCCUGUGUUUGUCAACCUUUAGACAGUGGUACCACAAUACUGACAAGCUGCAUUACUAAGUAUCACAAUUUAAACAGUGCCAAGGUUCAAACGUCGGACAUAGGUCAUGCAGUAGUGUCUCCUGAAAGCCAAAGACAGUGUGAUAUCGUAUCACAGAGGAUAAAAGUCCUGUGUAAAUCAUCACUUCCCUGAUUUUAUUUAUACACUUGUCUCUUUUGUGUUUGUUCAGCGGUUCUGGUUGUUUUUAUGAACAAAUUGCGAACAACAGAAGCGGUAUUAGUGCAGGUAUCAACCUCCGUCCCUCGCGUUUCCACUUGUAUUUCAAUUAGUUGCUCUGAUUUCGUUUUGUCGUGUUUCAGGAGGAGCUUUUAUUCACUUGAACAGAUUAUGCCAAAACAACAGCAAACUACCUACUGAUACGAAAAUGCCUUAAACCCUCACAGCUACGACCUUUGAAGCGUACAGUUACCAUAUAUUAAAGCAUUCAAUAAAUUGGUGUAAUAUUUUAUUACAGCUGUAGUUCAAGAUGUAAUUCUAGGAGUAAAACACAACUCUAAGUAAAUAACAACAUAUAUGAAUUUUGGUGAAACAAAUGUGGCUUUAUAUAAAUAAUGUAUAUAAAUGUAGACCUUUUAUAUUUGUGAUGCUUAUUUACAGUAGCUUGUAAAGUGUAAAUAGCAGGGACUGUUUGAGUUUGGCAAAUAAAUAAUUGUAGAUGUUUUUA